AUGCUCCAUGAGAUGAAGGCUCUAAAUCGAAUUCUCUUUUCUCACUAUACUGGGAUUUUGUUUAAUUUUGGUGCCAUUGUUUGUUCGGCAAGAGUGGUCCUUAAAGACCGACAUUUGGCUCUCCCUCAUGUUUCUGUGCCCGAUAUAAGGUACAUUGAUUGGUUUGAACUUCGUAAAAGGAAAUUCAAGGAUGUUGUGUUUGAUAAAGAUAAUACAAUCACUGCCCCUUGUCAAUUGAAUCUUUGGGCUCCUCUUGCCUCCUCGUUGGACGAGUGUAGAGCAAUCUUCAGACCCAAUAUUGCAGUGUUCAGCAAUUCUGCUGGGUUGUAUGAGUAUGUCCAUGAUGGUUCAAAAGCUAAGGCACUUGAAAAGGCUAUUGGAAUUAAAGUUAUAAGGCAUAGAGUGAAGAAACCAGCUGGUACGGCUGGAGAAGUUGAGAAACACUUUGGAGGUGAAGCAUCCCAACUUAUUAUGGUAGAUCAGAAUAAGACUCAUUGAAUUGUUGUUAGCUGGGUUUCAUUUGGUUUGUUUUGGAUUGGACUAAUACCAUCAUAUUCUAAGCAUCCACUUCUUCUACAUCUUCAUUGAGGUUCAUAUUCUGUUUACUUUCAAUCUGCUUCUCAUUUUUUUCACUUUCAAAGCUUGAAUCUCGCUAUUUUUGUUUCUUUAUCUUGAUCAUAUAUUGUUUUUAUAUGUAUGAAAAAAAAACUGAGAUUUCUAUUAUAAUCUUUAGUUUUGA